AGGAUAAGAUCGGAACCACAACAGCUAAAGAUCACAGCACACUGAAAACUGAAAACCUAAUACCGAAAACCGGUUUCUCCCUUUCCAAUAACAGUGGCGCCGCUGUUGAAAUAUUCGAAAUUAAACCGCCCAAUAUUACCAGUUUCACAGGUCACCCACUCCCACUCUAUAAAUAAAUACUCAAAACUCAAACACAUACAUCGGUUUCAUAUUUAACCCGACCCGACUCGAUUUCAUCGAGAGCGAAGAGAAAAGAAGAAAGAUGAUACUGGUGGCGAUUGUGGCGGAGGUGAUGGAGGAGUACACGGCGUUGUUAGCAAGGGUGGUGGAGCAGGUGUUCCGUACUGCUCCUGUCCCUAGACGGGUUCGUUUUCUGAUCCUCCGUAGUCUUCCCUUUGUUUCAUCUCAACACAGGAGGAUUCAAAUUCAAUCACAUUAGCUUCCAUUUUUGUUAUUUUUUCUUUAGAAUUAUGUUUUUGUUUUGUGUGCCAUUGAGAUUGUGCUCUACCCUACCUGUAAAAUAUUGGGGGUUCUUUUUCUAUUACAUCAGAUAUGACUUAGCCUC